CUAAAAUUAUAUUAAUUUAUAUUAUUACAAUUUGAAAGUAUAAAAUAUUGCAAAUAAUGCUCCAUUUUUCAGUGGCCCUGUGUGUCUCUUUUGCCUUGUGAUUAGUUCAGUCCUGGAUAUUCAUAUGUCUCUAAUAUGUAUGGUAAAGUCUGAGAACAUGUUUCAAUUGUUUGUAUUUUGUCUACUUUGAAUUGGCUUUUUCAUAAAAUGUGAAAUGUUACGUAGAAGUUUAAAUAACUUCUAAUUAUUUCAUAAUUGUUGACUUUACCUAACCUAAAUAUUGAGUCAGAGGAAUAGUAAUAUUUUUGAAACAUGUAUGAUAUAUGUAAUCCUAGUUAUGAUUGCAUUGAAAAGUUGGGCUGUACAGAUCCUGUGAAAAUAUAUACAACAUUUUAUGUUUAUAUAGAAUUAUGUGAAGCCAAACGAUUUUGGGAUGUUAAUUAUAAAUUCAAUGAAGGCUUGGAUCUGUUAUAUUUUGAGGUAAAAAGAAGUAAGAACUCUGAAAAAGAAAUAUACGUACCUUGGCCAGCUUCAUAUAAUAUUUCCUUGGAUAAAAUUGAAAAAAUACAAGAAAGUUUAAAGACUGACCAGGUAACAUUUGUUUUCAAGUCUUCAGACAGCACUAGUAUUAUUUACAAAGCAAGCAGGGGUCUUGUGAAACCAAUGGCUCCAGAAAUGUCUAAAUUGUUGAAAGAAAAAGAAGAAAAGAAAUCAAACUUAGAAAGGGACAUUAGAAAAAAUACUUCUUAUUUAUAUGAAUUAGCAAAAUCUUUAAAUACAGAGAACAAGGACUCUGAUCCUAGUACAAGCAAUAACACAGCAAAUAAAUAAAUUCUUCCAAUUUUCCUUAAUAAAAUUAAAAGGAAUUAAAUACAUAAUUAUGAUGUAUUUCUUUAAAAUAUUUAUUAGCGAAGUUAUUAUUUAUAUAUUUGAAAUAUUCCAAUUUUCAUGCCAUCAAAACUCAUGUAAACUAAAAUGAUAUGUAUUAAGCUGCUACUGUAAAUGAGAAUAAUGAAUAAAUUAUUUUAUAAUUAUCAUCUAUAUUAACUAUGCAUUACCAAGUGAUUUAGUUAACACUGCAAAUGUGAAGCACAUGCUGUUUCAUUAAUAUCAAUUGACAUUAAUGUGGCCAUUAUUGUCAGUUGGAAAAUAAACGUAACGAAAAUUUAAAAUUAAAAUUAGAACUCAAUAGUGCCAUGUUAUUUUGUACGUACAAAAACAAGUAACAAAGGACUAUCCAGACAAGGUUUCUGCUUAGAACGUUUAAAAUAGGUCUAUCUACAAAAGAAUGAAGACACUUGUAUUAUAUACAUCUUUCAAUCACUAUUCUUUGAACGAUAUUUCGUCCUUGAAAUCACUGCAUACAUUAAGGAUUUCACGCUUGUAAAAACUAUGUAUGUUUCGGUUCUUAGUACAAUAUUCUUAGAUCAUGUUCUUAUUGUAUAUGUCUAAUUUUUAUGUAUAUGUAUACAUAAGUCUUAAGUAUAUAGCACAUAUAAUUAAUACAUCGACAAGAAAAUAUUCUGAUACAGAUGAUCUUUUGAAAACUACGUGUUUGGCAGUUUGAUUUAUUAAGAAUCAUGCAAUAUUUCACCUUAAAAUACAAAAAUAAACACUUUCUUAUUAUAUACUAUAUUUGUUAA